GCGGUCGCCCCCUUGGGAAAGUACAUAUCUGGGAGCAGCAGGCGGCUCCGCGCUCGCACUUCGGCUCGGCCGCCCCACCGCGCACUCGCCUCUCCGCUCCCGCCGCAGCCCCAGGGCCCCUCGCCGCCGCCACCAUGGACGCCAUCAAGAAGAAGAUGCAGAUGCUGAAGCUCGACAAGGAGAACGCCUUGGAUCGAGCCGAGCAGGCGGAGGCCGAUAAGAAGGCGGCGGAGGACAGGAGCAAGCAGCUGGAGGACGACAUCGCGGCGAAGGAGAAGCUGCUGCGGGCGUCGGAGGACGAGCGGGACCGGGUGCUGGAGGAGCUGCACAAGGCGGAGGACAGCCUCCUGGCCGCGGAUGAGGCCGCCGCCAAGCUGGAAGAUGAGCUGGUGUCGCUGCAAAAGAAACUCAAGGGCACCGAAGAUGAACUGGACAAAUACUCCGAGGCUCUCAAAGAUGCCCAGGAGAAGUUGGAGCUGGCGGAGAAAAAGGCCACUGACGCUGAAGCCGAUGUAGCUUCUCUGAACAGACGCAUCCAGCUGGUUGAGGAAGAGUUGGAUCGUGCCCAGGAGCGACUGGCAACAGCUUUGCAGAAGCUGGAGGAGGCCGAGAAGGCAGCAGAUGAGAGUGAGAGAGGCAUGAAAGUCAUUGAAAGUCGAGCCCAAAAGGAUGAGGAGAAAAUGGAAAUUCAGGAGAUCCAACUGAAAGAGGCCAAGCACAUUGCUGAAGAUGCCGACCGCAAGUAUGAAGAGGUGGCCCGUAAGCUGGUCAUCAUUGAGAGUGACCUGGAACGUGCGGAGGAGCGGGCUGAGCUCUCAGAAAGCAAAUGUGCCGAGCUUGAAGAAGAAUUGAAAACUGUGACGAACAACUUGAAGUCACUGGAGGCUCAGGCUGAGAAGUACUCGCAGAAGGAAGACAAAUACGAGGAAGAGAUCAAGGUCCUUUCUGACAAGCUGAAGGAGGCUGAGACUCGGGCUGAGUUUGCGGAGAGGUCAGUAACUAAAUUGGAGAAAAGCAUUGAUGACUUAGAAGAGAAAGUGGCUCAUGCCAAAGAAGAAAACCUUAGUAUGCACCAGAUGCUGGAUCAGACUUUACUGGAGUUAAACAACAUGUGAACCCUCCUUAGCUGCGACCACACUCUUUCAUGUCGUUUUGUUGUUGUUUUGUUUUGUUUUGUUUUUUGUUUUGUUUUGUUUUGUUUUGAAACACCACGCUUACCAUGAAACCCCUUAAACGCAUUUUUAUUUACUUUUACACUGUCACAGAAACAUCCACAAGAUACCAGCUAGGUCAGGGGUUGGGGAAAACACACACACAUACACACAGACAAGGCGAGCCCAUGGCAGGGCCGUAAUGACUUAAAUGUGCCAUUUCCCGGGUUGACGUUGCCACACUUAGUAGAGAGUUUUGCAACACAGUAUACUCAGCCAGUCUAGGAAUCCUCACUAAAGCAGAAAGAUUUCCACUCAAAGUGCCAACGAUGUAUCAACAGGAAGGUUAAUGUUGAAAACGCAAUCAGGUGUGGAUUGGUGCUACUUUAAACAAAAGGUCCCACUGUGGUCUUUCGUUCAAUAUUGUACAAUUUAGAAUCCUGUCCGACACUAAUUUAUUUUGUCUUGAGUUUUAUUAUGAGAUGAGACUGCGGAUCCGGUAUGCCUGAAUUCACUAACGCCAAGGGUUUGUAAGGCACGCUGCUCUUUUAAGACUUCUAGGGCCUUCUCAUUGGCACACCUGCGGCUCAUUACAACUUGUAGGAUAGCAUUCGAUGUGGACUUCCACUCUCCAUUUCUCCAUGUUCAAGUGAAAGAUUUAGGCACUACGUACAAUUGGUAAAGAAAAAUCAUUUUCUUAAGAGUUAUAACUAUAUGUAAACAUUGUAUAAUGGUAUGGAAUAAAAUGCACAUUGUAGGACAUUUUCUAAA